AAAAAUGAAGCUCCCAACACUCUCCCUCAACCACCACCACCACCACCUCACCACGCCUUUCCUCCACAAUGCCACCACUUUCUCCCCUUCCCGCUCCAGCCGCAUCUCCAACGGCGGCCCGUUCGCAGUCCGCAUGUCCCUCAAGGAAGACGGCCCCUCCGUCGCCAUCGUCGGAGUCACCGGCGCCGUCGGCCAGGAGUUCCUCUCCGUGCUCACCGACCGCGAUUUCCCCUACCGAUCCCUCAAGCUACUCGCCUCCAAACGAUCCGCCGGAAAAACCCUCACCUACGAAAAUCGAGACUACACCGUCGAGGAAUUGACGGAAAGCAGCUUCGACGAUGUUGACAUUGCCCUAUUCAGCGCCGGCGGGAGCAUAAGCAAGAAGUUUGGGCCUAUAGCCGUCGACAAGGGCACAAUUGUGGUCGACAAUAGCUCGGCUUUUAGGAUGGAUGACGGGAUUCCGCUCGUGAUACCUGAAGUCAAUCCCGAGGCCAUGGCCGGAAUCAAGCUCAAUUCCGGGAAGGGCGCGCUUAUCGCCAAUCCGAAUUGCUCGACAAUUAUCUGCCUCAUGGCUGCCACGCCACUGCAUCGCCGUGCCAAAGUUACGCGCAUGGUCGUCAGUACAUACCAGGCAGCCAGUGGUGCAGGUGCCGCAGCAAUGGAAGAGCUUGAACUGCAAACUCGUGAAGUCUUGGAAGGAAAAAAGCCGACCUGUCAAAUCUUUAACCAGCAGUAUGCUUUUAACUUGUUUUCACAUAACGCACCUGUCCUGUCAAAUGGUUACAAUGAAGAGGAGAUGAAAUUAGUUAAAGAGACGAGAAAAAUAUGGAAUGAUAAGAAUGUCAAAGUUACUGCCACCUGUAUUAGAGUACCUGUCAUGCGUGCUCAUGCCGAGAGUGUGAAUCUUCAGUUCGAGACACCUUUAGACGAGGCUGCGGCAAGAGAGAUUUUGAGCAAAGCUCCGGGAGUAGUAGUUAUUGAUGACCGUGCAGCAAACAAAUUCCCGACCCCAUUAGAAGUUUCUAAUAAAGACGAUGUUGCUGUUGGAAGAAUCAGGCAAGAUGUUUCCCAAGAUGGCAACUAUGGGUUGGACAUAUUUGUAUGUGGCGAUCAAAUACGCAAGGGUGCUGCUCUUAAUGCCAUCCAGAUUGCCGAGUUGUUGCUAUAGAUUUGAAAAACCUCCGAUUUAUUCGGUCAAAUAUUUACGGUGAGAUGCUGAUUUUUCGAUUUUGGAUUUCGAUUUUGGUUGUUUUACAGCUUGCUGUCUUUUUUUUAUUUCCCUUUUUUUUCUGCGAUUUUUUGUAUUUUGAUUAAAUAAGUAUAUUUGUUUUGUUUUUGUAGCUUGGUUAAGUCAUAUUUCAUCUGUCUUAAAUCUUAUUUUGGAGUAAUCUUGCCAAUUUCGUGGU